AUGACGUCAUCGCCCCAAUGUCAACAAUGUAGCAAUUUAGAGGAGGCGCGUGCUGGAAAUGCCACAAUCAGCAAAGAGCAAAGCAAAAGCACGCGGUCUCGAAUGUAACUCAACGCAGACGCGCACCGAACACGCCGUUCCUCCGGCUUCAGACAAAAACAAUAACCCCGCGCGCUCCUCCAGCUGCCAGAGAAGAGCGAAGAGAGAGACCAUGUGAAGGCGCCUCGCGGAACAUCUUCGCGCGGGAACGACUGAAAGUUUAGGCUCCGAGCAAGGAAUGUCUAUGGAGGAGAAGCCUGAAGCUCCCAUGUAUGUCUAUGAGUCGACAGUGCAUUGUGCCAACAUCCUCCUGUGCCUGAAUGAACAGCGGAAGCAGGACGUCCUGUGUGAUGUGACAGUGCUGGUGGAGGGGAGGGAGAUCCGUGCCCACAGGGCAGUGCUGGCAGCUUGUAGCCAGUAUUUCUCCCUGCUGCUCAGGGGCCAGACGGAACACGAGCCGGUCAUCAACCUGCCACAGAAGAUCACGGAGAAAGGCUUUACCCCACUGUUGCAGUUUGCUUACACAGCCAAGCUGCUGCUUAACAGGGACAACAUUCAGGAUGUCAUGCGUUGUGCCGAAUUCCUGGGAAUGCACAACCUCGAAGACUCCUGCUUCCGCUUCCUACAGGCCCAGAUGAAAAGUGAGGCCGAUGGCUUGCAGAAGAGCCAAAAUCCACCAUCACCUCAUGCUCUGCUUCAGAACCAUCGUGAUAAUGGAUUAGAGGAUGCAAAUGUGCAGCCAAAUGACUCCAAACCGCCACUGUCCGGAUCGAGGCUGCACCCUGAAACUGAGCAAUUAAAAGUCAACAACAACCUGCAUCAAUCAGACCAAUCUCCAACUUUCGACCUUCCUCGUUAUCCCAAAUAUAGAAAGUACCAUCAGGUUCUUGCUAAGCACAACGCAACCACCUCCUCACACAGCAGUACCUCAAGCUUACACGGCUCUCUGCAGGAUACCGUCACCAGCAGUGAAGCCCAGGGCCUUGAUCUUUCCAAGGUUAAAGCUGAACCAGCAAGCGGGAAGAGUGUGCUGCUAGACUUGUCCGAGUUGGAGCAGGACGGUCUGGACGGGGGUAAAGAGAGUGACAUGGAAAUGGAAAUGGAGUUUGAAGAAAGACCGCUUAGUUCAACACCCAACGAAUUGCCUGUGAGCAAGCGUUCACCAGUGUGCCUGCGCUCCCUUGUUAAAAAGGAAGUCAUGUCUUUGGAUCAUUGUCUUACCGCUGAUCUGCAACUCACCAGCAGAACCUCUCCCCUUCAAGAACAGCAAGUUGCUCCAAAUGACUUCCAAAAAGACUAUCAGGCCUUCAUUGGGGGACUUGGAGUGGCAUCUUCAAAGAAAGCUGAGAAAUUAACCGAUGGUAUGUCGCUCAAGUCGCUUUCCUUUGAGAGGAUCUGUUCGCAAGAAUCUGAACGGGAGAGCGACAGAAGAAGUGUCAUCUUCUCCUCUCGAGCCCCUUACCAUCUGGCGGCACCUGCACACUCUUAUCCGGGUGAGAGCUGUUUGGCUCAGGACACCCCGGAUGACUUAUGGGCAGGUUCCAGCCAGUCGUUCCCCUGCUCCCAAGCACUGUCCCCAACUUCUGUCUCUCAAGAGCCCGCAUUGACCUACCGCCGCCGGCCAAAGAGCAGCUGUCCAGUGCCCAUUAAAAUGUGUCCCCGUUCAGCUCGUGCCGAGAGCCACGUUAGAACCUCAAGCUCUUGCUCUUCCUACUCCUACGCUGAGGAUGGCAGUGGCGGAUCUCCUUCCAGUCUGCCCCAGUUUGAGCUCUCUACCUCUCCUUGUUCCACCAUGGCACGAUGUCUGGCCUUUGAACACCAGGAGCAUAGCAUGUCGGGGCCAUCAAAGAUCAAGUGCGAGAAGUCGUACGACACUAAUUCCAGUGACGAAUCUGGAUCUUUUUCCGACGGAGAUAGCGAAUCGUUUCCUACCAAAGAGCACACUCAAGAGGUGAAACUGCCUUUCUCAAUAGACCAGAUCACAGAGCUUCCACGCAACGACUUUCAGCUGAUGAUAAAGAUGCACACGCUGACCUCAGAUCAGCUAGACUUCAUCCACAACAUGAGACGCCGCAGUAAAAACCGCAUCGCAGCUCAGCGCUGCAGAAAAAGAAAGCUGGACUGCAUCCAGAACCUGGAGCUUGAGAUUCACAAACUGGUCUGUGAGAGACAAAAGCUCCUAACCGAACGCAGCCAGCUGAAGAUCUGCAUGGGGGAGCUGUGGGAAAACUUCUCCUUUUUGUCUCAGGAGGUCUGUAGGGAAGAGCAGCGGAGCCCAGGACAGUCUCAGUCUCUGUAUAAUCUACACCCAGACCCGGUUUCAUCCGGUCCAGACCUUAGAAUCUCUCCCAAUCCCACCAGUAUAGACGUAACUCUCACAUCACAGAACAGUGUGCUGUCGUCCCCAGGCUUAAAUGACUGCCAGGCCGUAAUCGAACCGCCGCACUCGCACAAAAGAGUGGACAGAGAGGCUGUGCCGCCCCAAGACACUGUCACCUCUGAGAGGUCAGAACCUUCCCACACGGGCAGCUCGAGCGUGACCACUGAUUUCUGCCAGGAAAUGACCGAGAAGUGUACCACAGAAGAGCCGCCCGAGAGAAACUGAGUCCGGUAAACUGCAUUCAUAUCCUCUAUCAUGACAGUUGUUUCUGUGUGUUCAAACGUUACGCUUUUGCCAGUGUUAAGUUUUGUUCGGCGCUAUUUUAGGAGACCGUUCUGUCGUUACACUCACGGUGCGUCAGCUGAUGUGUUUUUGUUUGUGCGUAUGGGUUGUUCUCAUACAUGCUGUAUAGGAUGCUAAAAUCAUUUCAUUUUGAACAUUACCUUCCUUUUUUCUUAUUCAUUAUAUGGUAUCUGGUUCUCAGUAGUGCUGGGCUACGAUAAAUCACGAUAAAUUAAAGUUUUGUUUAUGUAAUAUAUGUGCAUGUACUGUGUAUAUUUAAUAUGUGUAUAUAUACAGACACACACAUACAGUAUGUAUUUUGCAUUUAUUUAAAUGUGUAUUUUAUAUUCAUAU